CCGACUCGCACCCCUGAAAUCUCUAUUUCCUUGAUCUCUCGCUCACUCGCUCUCAUCACCGUCGACGCAAGGACGAGACCUUUAUCAAACCAGAAGGCAACGUUUCGGAUAGCGAAACAGUGUCCGUUUACUGUGUUUUUGAAGCUAUGGACGAGAAUACAGCUGCCAUCGAAGCGAUUCUAAGAGAGCAAGAGGAAGAAGAAGAGCAAGCUGAGAGGAGUAACAACAAUUACAGGAACAAGGAGACCCAAAACGGCAAAGAUUUCGGCUGGCAAACGGUCUCCUAUCCGAAACGCAAUAAGAAGGCGUCCAGGCCGCAACAGGGGGAGAAUUCAGCAGAUCUCCUGACCCGCCGGCCGAACGGCGCUGCCCCCGCCGCAUCCCCCAAUGUCUUCCUCUCGAUCGAGCAGCAUUCCGAGGAACGCCGUCGGCGCGCUCUCGAGAAUCAGCUCGCCGCCGCAUCCGGAGAGGGAUCGAAGCGACAUUCCGACGAAGAUGAAGACAGCGACACUGAGGUGCCUGGCGCCGCCGCCGACGCCCUCGAGAACGGCGAUGUUAAGCCUAAGAAGCCGAAAAAGCCGAAGAAACCCAAGGUGACCGUGGGUGAAGCUGCGUCGAAGAUCGAUGCCGCUGAUCUUUGCGCUUUCCUCAUUGAUAUCACCGCUUCGUACGAAGCGCAGCAAGAUAUACAGCUAAUGCGAUUCGCGGAUUAUUUUGGCCGGGCAUUCGCGUCGGUGAGUGCGGCUCAAUUUCCGUGGUCUAAGACAUUCAAAGAGUCCAGUGUUGCAAAGACCGUUGAUAUUCCUCUUUCCAGUAUAUCCGAAGAUGUUUAUAAGACAUCUGUUGACUGGAUUGGAAAGCGGUCUUCUGAAGCACUUGGGUCCUUUGUGCUAUGGUCUUUGGAUAGCAUUCUUGCUGACCUUGCAAGUCAUCAAGCAGCUGCCAAGGGAUCCAAAAAGGUGGUUCAGCAAGCAUCUUCAAAGUCUCAGGUUGCCAUAUUUGUUGUUUUAGCAAUGGCACUACGAAGGAAACCUGAUGUGUUGAUCAGUUUAUUGCCUAUUAUUAAGGAAAAUCCAAAAUAUCAAGGACAGGAUAAGCUUCCAGUCACUAUUUGGGUGAUUGCUCAGGCAUCUCAAGGAGAUUUAGUUGUUGGGUUGUACAUGUGGGUUUAUCUUCUCUUGCCUAUGCUGGCUAGCAAGUCAAGCUGUAAUCCACUAUCUAGAGACUUGAUUUUACAGUUGGUGGAGAGAAUUUUGUCUUCCCCAAAAGCUCGGACCAUCCUGUUAAAUGGUGUUGUCAGAAAGGGGGAGCGUGUGGUGCCACCAUUAGGUCUUGAGCUUUUGCUGAGAAUUACCUAUCCCGCACCAUCGGAUCGGCUAAAGGUUACCGAAAAAUUUGAAGCUAUAUAUCCGAAUUUAAAAGAGGUCGCCCUUGCUGGUUCCCCGGGAAGCAGAUCGAUGAAGCAAGUUGCACAACAGAUUUUGAACAUUACAAUCAAAGCUGCUGGAGAAGGCAACCCUGGCCUGUCAGGGGAAGCAAGCGACAUUUUUCUUUGGUGUUUGAGCCAAAACCCUGAAUGUUACAAGCAAUGGGACAUGCUUUAUCUUGAUAAUCUUGAAGCGAGUGUUGUUAUUCUGAGAAAGCUUUCUGAUGAAUGGAAGGAGUGCUCUAAAAAGCUUUCUAAUUUGGACAUUUUGAGGGAAACUCUUCAGAGUUUCAAGCAGAAGAAUGAGAAAGCAUUGGCAAACGGAGAUGCUGGUGCUCACCAUACAUCAUUGAAGGAUGCAGACAAAUACUGCAAGUUGAUUGUGAGGCAAUCAUCGCAGGGUCAUGGAUGCAUGAAGGGCAUGGUCCUUGUAUCUGUUGCACUGGCUGUUGGUGCGGCAAUUAUGUCCCAAGACUUGCAAUCUUGGGACUAUAGGAAACUCACUGAAAUGUUGAACUUCCCCUGAAACUUUCCAAGCUCGGACUCGCCUGCAGUAAACGGUGCUCUCUACUGCAAUAUAGAUUUAGUUAUGUUCGGGCGUGCUCUCUACUGCAAUAUAGAUUAAGUAGUCAAAAAAAAAAAAAUUCUGCAGGAUGGCCUGUUAAAAAACAAAAUGGGCCAAUGAUGAGUAAAUCUAUUUCAAUGUUGUGGCCAAAUUCUACUUGCUUUUUAGUGAGAUUAGAAUAGGAGAGCAGAAGCCGCAGCCGCAGCAGCAGCACUGGGUCAAUGUGUCCUGUUUUCAAAUGUGGGUCAGCUCAAUGACUUGGUUUCGUUUUCAUAUUUACUGUUUUAUAGCAUGUUUGUCCCUUCAA